CAUUGAUUCUUUUCAAUUAUUAUUUACGACGACGCUCCAUUCAUAUUGAUAAAGUCAAUGUUAUUAGCAACUCGACAUGGUGGAUUCAAUCCAUUCUUAAGACGUUCUGCCAUAUCCUGUUUACAGUAUUGUCGCAUUCAUUCCACAGGCGUUUUUUGGCAAGAUCAAGAAGAUAUCAAGAAGCGACGGUCUGUUGAUUACAAACUACGAGGCAAGGGACGACAAUUUGUAGAUUUUAUGCGUGUGGUAGCCAAAGGUGGUAAUGGUGGUGAUGGGUGUGUAUCUUUCCAUCGAGAAAAGUUUCUUGCCAAAGGACCUCCCAAUGGUGGAAAUGGUGGACGUGGAGGUGAUGUGAUUAUUCGAGCCAAUAAAGACGAAACGACAUUACGAAGACUGGGAAAAGCAUGCACGGCCAAACGUGGGGAAAAUGGAUUGGGUGGAGGACGACAUGGUACAAUGGGACAACAUUUAGUGAUUGAUGUACCUGUGGGAACGAUUGUACGACAAGUUGCAUCACCUUUGGAAGAAGAAGAAGAAUUGGAUGAACGGGAAAAACGUGAUCGAAGAUGGGUAUAUUAUCCACGUAUGGAUCCUGAUGAACAAGUUAUUCCUGGACGCAAGAAUUUCUUUUUGGAAGCCGAUCGGAUGAUGGAUGAAGAGGAACGAUACUUACAAUGGCGCGAACGCAAGGAAAGGCAACAAGGACCGAUUUAUGCGGAUUUGGCAGAACAUGAUCAACAGGUAGUGGUGUGUCAUGGUGGAGCUGGUGGUUAUGGUAAUCCUCAUUUUUUGACGACAGAUAAUCGAUCACCGAAAUGGGCGACGCGUGGACGACCUGGAGAAGUACGUUAUUUGGAACUAGAACUGAAAACGAUUGCGGAUAUUGGCUUGGUAGGAUUACCGAAUGCAGGCAAAUCGACAUUGUUGGGCUCCAUCUCGAAUGCACAUCCAAAGCAAGGCUCAUAUGCUUUUACGACACUUCAUCCUUUUGUGGGCACGGUGGAUUAUGCGGAUCAAUAUCAAUUGACAGUAGCGGAUAUUCCUGGAUUGAUUCAAGGUGCACAUCGCAAUGUUGGUUUGGGUCAUGCCUUUUUAAGACAUGUGGAACGGGCUAAAUUAUUGGUAUAUGUGGUGGAUUUGAGUGGUAAAGCUCCUUGGGAUGAUCUGAGAAUAUUACAACAUGAAUUAGAAGCUUAUAGACCUGGUUUAACAGAACGUCAAUCUUUGAUUGUGGCAAACAAGGCUGAUCAAGUGACUCUUGCUAAGGAUAAUCUGAUCAAAUUACAACAAUCGGUGGAAAAGGACAAGAUUCCGGUGAUACCUGUCUCUGCAAAGUAUGAAAAGAAUAUUAUCAAGUUGACUUCCAUCCUUCGUAAAAAUGUGGAAAUCAUCCGAAAACAAGAAGCUGAACAACGACAACGGGAAUUGGAUCUUCAACAAGAAAAUGAUACUGAUAGUCAAUAGUGA